AUGGAUCGUCGUACCGAAAGCGAUCCCGCGGCUCCGGUCGACUCGGCCGACACCAGCAGCUUCUGCCCGGGCCCGAUAAUGCACACGUCAGACUACGGCGCCGCCGGUACUCCUAGCGCUGGCGAACAAGUUGCGCCGCCGUUGAACCGUGGCGACGGCUGGCUCGUCGAUCUGGUCAACAAUUUCGCCGGACCCUCCGACCAACCGAGACAAGUGAGUUGUUUUGUUUUUUUUUAAAUCUACGGGUAUUCGCAGAUAUUCCGGUUUUUUUUUUUCCCGUUGUCGGGUCGUUCUAGAAAAAUCUGAACGUUACACUCUACACCGCAAUGCUGUGGCUGCUUAAUUCUAAUAUAUUAUUACUCUGCGGUAUAAUAUCUGCCUAUUAUUUUUCGUUGUGAAGUCAGUGCCGCUGAAAAUCGUUUUCCGAUCGCAUACGGUUCACAAUCUCAAUUACCCCGGGCGCGGUCAUACGCAUCGAUCCCACGUUUCCCGCUCAUCAAACUUCCAUUAUUUUGUUUGCGUACGUUCAAAAGUUCGAAAGGCCGCGCCGACACACGAACGGCUCCGAUAAUAAUCUUACGCGCGUGUUGGGUACCGACAACGCUCGAGACCGACCGCGUCGUACAAGUGUCGUUAUUUGGCCAAACUGUUGGUGAAGUGAUAAGAGAAAUAAGGAAUCGGUAAACUUGGCCUGUUCUCAUUACACCGACGAUUGUUGUAAACCGUCACGAACACCGGAGAUACUAUAAUAUGGCUGAUGCGUUAUAGUCUCUCUAGCCGCUGGCGCACGCCUUUGUACACGUCUUUGUGGCAGUGAGUGGCGAUGAGGCGCAUACGCCGUACACUGACGUAAUAUUACGACGUUAAUUUCGACAUACUCAUCGUAAAUAUUAAAAACACAGACAACCACCGUGAACUGAGACGACACGGAAAUCGGAUCUUGUAUUCCAUGCAUUCCUUAGUUCAUCUGUGACGGCAUAGAUGCCGUCGGUGUUGUUCCUUUUUUAAUCCGAAAAUCUGACCGCAUCAAAGAUGGCUUUAUCGCCCACCGUGUUUCCGGGUCGGUUGAUAAACCGAUUUGUUAUCUCAUUUUUUUAUGGCGAUAGCCGAUAUCAGUUGUAAUUAAUAAUUAUUAUUAUUAUAGAUUAAGUUUUCAUGAUAACACCGCUUAAACCGAUGUUCCCUUUAAUAAUUCAUGGUGCCGUCAGUGAUGCCACCGUCGAUGCAGACCAAAAGCAGUUCUUUUAAAAAUGAUAAUAAAAAAUAAUAUCUCAUACCAAUCGAAAAAAAAUGAAAAUGAUUCCAAGUAAUAAUUUAAUGUCAGUUUGUGUGUCAGCCUGUACCGUGAACUAAGAUAUACAGGACUGGAAAGAGCUGAAAUUUUAUUUUUCAACAAAAUGUAAAAAUUGAAUUCAAAUUUAAAUACAAUAGAAUCCGCUUAAUUGGGACACCGUAUAAAGGGGAAAUCGCUUAAUGGGGACAAAUUUGCAUAGUCCCGAAUGAAUGUAUUUAUUUAAGGCAAUUUAACUUCGUUUAUCUGGGACAAACUAUCGGUUAUUAGGGACAAAAAUAAAAGCGUCUAAUUAGAUAUUCUGACCUAAAUUAUCUAUCUACUUCUUAUCGAAACUGUAAUUAUCUAAUCUUUAUAGCCCUAUUAUAUAGGUAAUUAUUUAUUUUUCUUCCACUACCACGAUAAGAGUCGACUAGCCUACGUACAAAAUUGAAAAACUUUGGUUCGCGUUCUUUCGUCUCUGCGUAUUAACGUAUGUGUGUUUUUUUAUUGAUCUCGGUUUGUUGUUAAUACGUAACAAUUAUGUCUUGUAAAGAUUUAACGUUGAUUGAAAAAAUUUCUAAUCUGAAUAAAAUUAAAGCUUAACCUCAUUCUUCCAGUCUUCGUGAGUUAGAGAAAAUAAUAGGCACCUCUAAAUCGGUACUAAGCCGAUUGAAAAACAACGAAAAAGCUAUUCGUGAACAGUGGGAAAAAUUAAAUGACAACAAAAGUACACCUGUAAACAGGAAGAGAAAGCGAGAAGGCAAAGAUCCCGAAGUAGACAAAGCUAUGAACGAAUGGUUUUCUGCUGUUACAAAAUAAUAUUAAAUUCAAGCGGUUUCACGGAGAAAAAUAAAGUGCUUAUUCGGAUAAUGGGGACAAAUAGGUCACCGCCCAAUGUGUCCCAAUUAAGUGGAUUCUACUGUAUUUAUAGUCCUUAACCCUGCGGUUAAUGUUAAAAUUAGAAUUUUUGAGUUUUCGUUCGUAGAAAUAUUAAGUUAAUAACGUUUAUCUUUUUCUUCAAAAAUGUUUCUGUUUUAUAUGAAAUCUGUAUUCUUUUAUUUCUUUUUCUUUUUUUUUUUUUUAAUCUUCAUCGAUUCUACCUAGUUGAUAUUUUGUCUUUUGACGACCCGCAAGGCGGGCAGUCCGCUUGAUAAAGUUGUUAUACAUAUAUAUCGUUGUUAUUGUAGGUACCUGUCUGUACAACCCGAUUCUGAGAACUGUUGUCCCAUCGACUCGCCGUAUCUGAUAAUUUUAAUUUCAAACGCAUACCAUUCGGUUUAUUUAUAGUUUUCUCGUAAUUUUCUAAGUUCACCCACAUUUACCAAAAUGUAUUAUACAUAGAAAAAAUGUUGACGUAAAAUAUGAUUAUUACCGCCGUGGCAACGGUCUCCGGGAUUCUAGGUUCAAGUCAUUACUCUGCGGUUUAAGUGUCGGCCGGUCUGUUCCGAUAAAAAUUUGUUUUUUUUUCGUCAUCGGUUUUUUUUAAGAGAACUGCUACGAUGAGUCCCGCCGACGCCCGUCUAAGAUGAAUUGUGGACCACACGGAUAACCAAUGAGUGUAACCGUAUCACACUCAAAACCCGCUGCCGCCGUCCGCCUGCCCUUAUCGUUGCCAGUUCGCGUUGUCGUGGUUCGCGGACUUGGAUCGUAUACCACGGAUAGAGCUUUACGGCGCGAUAAACGCGUGCUACGAAUUGAAGACAUCAUUAUUGACGAGCGCUGAGGGGACUGAUUGCGCGUGACAUGAGUUUUGCGCGUGCGCAUUUGUGCCCAACUCCCCUCGGUUAUAUUUGCUUCGAAUAUUUAGUCGGCAGCGCUAUCUACAGUAUAUGAUCUAAGUUCGUGGAUUACACUGUCCGCUGGGCCCACUGUGUUUUUGAAGUCCCGAACAGAUAAGAAGUGAAGCCGUUCGCGUCCCGUACAUCAUCCUCGUGCCUGCUUAUCAUUACCGCAGUAGAACGACGGGUGCCGCGUGUUUUUAAAAUCGAACGUUUGAAACACGCGUAUUCUUAUCUGGUUGGUCACACUGAUGCAUGUUUUCUUAACCGUUGAUAGGCGGGAAACAAUGUAUUCAAGUGUUUGUAGUUUAUAUGCCCAACAAGUACCAAUUUAUUGAACGAACAAACUCGUUUAAAAUUUAAAUACCAUUCAACUGAACGCGUUCGCAGACACAUUUGAACGCCAUUUGAAUGGUUUUCAUUAGUAAUAUUUCACUCUUUUUUUUUUUUAUGUAGUUAAAGUUUACUAUUCCUAUUACUGUUCCGGGCGUUGACGACCAAUGCAAAACCAUACAAAUUGAAGUAGUCACCCAAGGUGAUAAGCCAGGAGAAAUAACUGGAGAUCCAGUUUUGGGACAGUUAGCAUGUAACCAAGAACAAAAUAAUGAAAAUGUUCAAAUUCAAGUAAGUUAAAUAAAACAUGGUAAUAUGUUAAUCUAUUCAUAAUAUUAUAUAAUUUAUUUUUCUAUUAGUUGGAACAAGAAGAUGAUGUUUUAAAUUACCAAAUACUUAAUAGCAGCAACAAUGAUGCAUUGGAAUUGUUCAGUUCACUACAAGAAGUAAUCAAUUGCCUUUUAACUAUGUUUUUAAUUUAUGUUCCAUUUUUAAAAUACAUUUACCUAUAUAUUAGAAUAAUAUAAUACAAGAUGGUUCACCAGUAGUUCCAGAAUGUCAUAAUCAUCCAAAAAUAAUAUUUAUGUGUUCUACUUGUCGCAAAGGUAACUGAAUUCUAUGUUUAUUACAGUUGGUUUUAGUUAAUUUUCAACUGAUAACUAAAAUAAUUGUAUGGUUUUAGUUUUCAAGAAUAAAUCUGCUUUAAACAAACAUGAGAUUAUUCACACUGGUAUAAAAACUCAAAUCUGCCAUAUUUGUGGUAAAGGUUUCUAUUUUCCAUAUGAGCUAAAAAGACAUAUAAAAAAGCAUAAUGUCGAAAAUUUAAAAUAUCGAUUAGAAACUUUUCAACAAAUAGUUAAACAAUCAAUACAUAAUUACAAUGAUACAAUACAACAAUCUUUACAAGAAGACCAAGUAAUUAAUUAUCUGUUAACUAUUUGAAUUGUAUAUGUUCCUUUUUUAAAUACAUUUUUAAUAUAUUAGAAUUUGAUUCAAGAUUGUGAACCAGUAAUUAUGGAACAAAGCAGCACAUCUAGCAAUAGUAUGUCAUUUUCUCCAUUAGCAGAAUUGGAAAAUCAAGAUAGAUAUAUUUAGAUAGAAUACUAGUUUUCUUAGUUAAUUAUGUAAUAAUGAAUUUUUAAAUUUGUCUUUAGGUAAUCAAUAUGUAAUGACUCAUACAUCCAACACAAAUAUUUAUAACUCAUUGUCAGAUACAUCAAUGUAUUAUGAUACACCUCAUGAAUACAUUUUCAACUCUUCAUUUGAUAAUACUGAAAGUGAACAUGGUGAUUUGAUAUCAUCUACUACUCAAAAUAACAAUAUUGAUACUCAUAAAGCUGACACAGAUGAUUAUGAUAUAACUAAUGAAAAUGGCAUCCCUAUUCAGUUCAUUUUAAAUUAUGCACCUGAUGAGUAUACUGAGAAUACUAAAUAUUUUGAGCCUUCUGGUACUCAAGAACAUGACAAUACAGAAAUAGAAAUAACUGAUAAUCAAGUAGGUAGUUAUAAUUUUGUUGCUUUAUGUAUAAGUUAUAAACUCACAAUAGGUGUAUUAGUUAUAAAUACAUGGAUUUGAAUUUUAGAUUCAGAGCAAAGCAUGGGAUCUAUUGGCUUUACUAUGAUGUGUGUUUUUGUAAUUUUUUUAUUAUUAUUAUUAUUGUUUGUGUCUGAACAACUAUUUUUCUAGCGGAAAUCUUUCUCUGGUGUAUAGAGUGUAGCACCUUUUCUGAAAGGUAAUUUUGUCUAGUUGGUUCAUUGGAAGGUUAUUUUUUGAUUUUUUAAGGGGUUUUCAAAAUAAUUGGUCAAAACCUGAAAGAAAAUUAUUGAUAAAAAAACAGCAAAUAUUUAUGGCAAGCUGUGGUGUUAUCGAUUUCAUUGUUUUUAAUUUUUGAAAUUUAUGUUUUCUACCAGAAAUAUUGGAGAAAAACAAGAGAUCGAUUUUAGUCUAUUGAUAUAUAGCCAGUGACAAAGAAAGUCAUUUUUUGGUAUACAAAAUAAUUUAAUUCGGAAAACCAAAAAUGAUGAAAAAUAUGAUUUUUUUAAAAUUACAGCACAACGAUUUCAUAAUUUUUAAAGUUGUAUCGUAAAUAUUAUAUUGUUCCAAUAGAUAAACGAUAAAAGAUCUUUUUUGUUGAAUUUUUAAUCUAGUUCAUGAGUAAGUUAUUCAUGUUUUGAUUUUUUUUGUAGUUUUUAAAUAAUUAAGCAAAACUGAAAAGCAUGUAGAAAGUACUGGAAAAUUGAUGAAAAUUUUAUAAUUAUUUGAUUUUUUUAAAUGUAAUUCAAUGAAAAAUAUUCGUAGAAACUUUCAAUUUUGAUAAAGAACUUUUAUUUUUUUUUUUAGAUAUAGUAAAAGUUUUCAAAACAUUUAUGCCAUUUUUGAACUAUUUAUAGACAUAUUUAUUUUUCGAGUUUUUGGUUAUUGUUACAGGUAUAAAUUAUGUAAUUUUAUGUAUCCUACCUUCCCAACUACCCAUAUACAAUAUCGGUUGUACUCGACCCCAGUAUUGGCUCUUUUUUCCAUUUGUUUCUCGGAAUAUUGUUCAGGUUUUUUAUUUGUACUUUGUGAAUUAUAGAAUAAAGGUGGUUUUUUUAUAUUCGUUGGUCAUUUAAUAUAUUUUUAUACUUUCUGGGAGAUUAUAUUUGAAUUUUCAUUAUAUUAUCUACACAAUUUUAGGCCAGAAAAUGUAUUUAUAUAUUCAAUAAUUUAUUUAAUUUAUUUUUUGAAUUUGUAUAAUAUUUAAAUUUUAUUUGCUUAUAUGAUGACACUAUAUUAUGAAGUCCACAAUAACAAUAAAAAUCCAUUGUAUAUAAUACUACCGACUAUAUAUUUGGGUACACAAAAGACAGGAUUAUUAAUAUUGUCAAAUAUUCACCUGAAAAAUAUACAUAAAGUCGCAAAAUAACAUGUAUUACUACUAAUUAUCUAAAUAUUUGAAUACGAUAAAUUCACAGUAUUUAUAUUGACAAAGUAACUAAAAUUAAUUAAAAAUAAAAAUUACACAGCAUACAGAACAUAAAGCAAUGGAGACAAAUCACUUUGAUAGUGGUUAACUAAUUUCGGAGAAUUUGUUUUAAAUUGGACGGAUUUUUUUACACUUUGCUUACAAUUGCUAUUUUUAUGUCGCCAUAAUAAUGACAGGGUUGGUAAAAAUAUAUUAAUCAAUUUUAUUUUCAUCAAAUAUGUAUAGACUAAAUUUUACAAGGCUUAGUAAUUAUGACAAACUAAGAAAAAAUACAUAAGUAUACAAUAGUUAACAAUAAAUGAAAAAAAUCAAGGAAUUUGUGUCAUAUGCUAUCUACACCGAAAACGUAUCUAACGCGACCGCUAUCUACUCCAUCAAGUUUGGGGUUUUUUUACGUCUCAAAACAACUCUUUUAACUUUUAUUAUUGUUGAAACACAAUACUGCAAAAAAAAAAACCCCCUCCUUGAAUUGGAUGAAGUAGAUAUUUUAAUAUUCUAUAUCGGCAGACUAUACAUGUAUAAUAUAUUAUGUUUAUCUAUGUUUUAAAGGCUAAACACAUCUGGUGUAACGGAUAAACUAGUUUAUCUUGAAAUUGGUUUUGACCAGUAAUAUAACAUAUACAUUACUAUUCCUAUGACAUAUUAAGAGUACACUGUCAAUAUUAGUCAACGUCGACCCACAUUUAUUCCCAAGACGUUGCUAACAUACGACAUGAUCAUCAUUUGUGUAAAUAGCGUAGACACGAGUUCCGAAAUUAAUUAUUUAAAAGAAAAAAAAAUUUUCCUGUGUGUAUCUUGAAUUGUAUGUUAUUUUAUUUUUAGGAAAAUGGUCAGUUCACAUUGUCCUCCUUGGAUGAGAUCCAAAUGAUUGAACAUAACUCAGGUGGAUAAUAAAACUAUUAAAUAUUAUUUAGACAGCUAACUUGUUGUUUUCAUGAUUAAGUUACCUAAUAAUGAAUCUUUACAUUUGUUUUAGACAAUCAAACCCCACAUACAUUUAAUACAAAUAUUUCUGAUCCAUUGAAGAAUUCUCUAAAAGACUUUUUAAACUUUUUACCUGAUAAAACUAAAAGUGAAACUUUGAAGUCAUCUCAUGAAGAUAGCAAUAAUAUAAAAACUGAUAAUCAAGUAAUUAAAAUUUUAAAAUUUACAUAAUAUUCUAUCAUUGUGGUAAUUAAAAGUAUCACUAGAUAUUUUUAUAAAAUGGUAACUAUAAUAAUUAUGACAAAUAAAUUAAGGAAAUAAAAUAUUGACAAAUGGUAGAGUAUCACCUAAACAUUUCAAUUUUAGCCAAAGUUAAAUAAAAUAUUUUAUUUGUAUCUAUAAGAAAUAUACUUAUUCUGUGCUUUUACAAAGUUUCAUUAUUAUUAUUAUUAUUUUUUUUUACAAUGCAAAAAGGUAUCAACUGAACCUAAAAAAAUUCAAAUAGAAUCUGCUACAGAUGAAACUAUGUUGUUAAAUUGUCCAGAAUGUAAUAAAAUUUACACACAAAAAGCAAAGCUAGAACAACAUUUAAUUGAUCAUAAAAUUAAAAGAAAUUUUAUUUGUGAAAUUUGUGGUGCUGGAUGUAAACGAAGAUCAGAUUUGAAUAGACAUAAAAUAUGCCAUAAUCCUGAUCUACCAUUUGUGUGUAAUAUUUGUUUUAAAGGUACCUAAUAUUCUUGGAUUAUUGUAGUAUUAUUUGAUUAAUUUUCAACAGAUGGCAAAAUUAACGUUAUAUUUUAUAAUUUUAGGUUUUAAAAGAAGAUAUUCUUUAAAAGUACAUGUUAAAAAUCACUGAUUUUUAUUGUAAGAGUAUUGAGUAUUUAAUGGUUUACACACGGAGAGAAAUGUUUCCAAAAAUAAAAUUGUAUUUUUUUUAGUUUAUGUAUAUUAAGUAUUUUAUAUUGUUUUAUAAUGUUAUUUUUAAUAUGGGCUACAUAUUUGUG